AUUUUUCUUAUUUCUUACAGUCCCACCGCCGCCGUCCAUCCCCCGGAGGGAACUCCGCAAGCCGUCAAAGAUGUAUUCCACGCACAGCACGAAUCGAACGCAGGCUUCGGCCACCUUUGAGAAGCGCACCACCGACAAACAGCCUAGAUUCAUCCAACGGUUCUAUCUCUUUGGAACGAACCCAAAUCCCGGCACUCCCCGAUCGUGUAGUGCUCCAACUUCUCCCACCUCUCCAGAUCCACCGUCAUCCCUCAAGCUCCCAAAGAAUCCAAAACUCGCACCCGACAGCGAAGACGAUCUACCAUUUCAAUCGCUUUCCCCGCAACACUACAGUGUUCAACGGCUCAAGCAGUUCUGGAACAAUCGUCUUAGCCUCAGUUCACCCAACGCCUCCCAAACCAGCGAAGCUGCCCUCUCGGCAAAGCUCAAGCGCGUCACCCUAAGCCCAAUCAAUACCUCUCGGAAACCUGUCACUCCGGAAUUCCUUCGGCGAAACGGUUCCACCCGAGGGUCCGCCUCCCGACGAAACGUUGUCCGCUCCAGCCUAGUCCCGCUGUACUCCAAAACAGGCAGUCCGAAAGCAACUCGCCACAGUGACCCUGCCAAUGAAAGCUCCACUCAGAAACGAUCCAGCGUAGUGUUGAGUCCCGUCAAGGAUCUCAAAAAAGAGAAAAGGUCCUGCCUGGAAAGGGUCGGGUGCAAUGCAGGAUUCCCGCUGGUGACGGCAUCGGCUACUGGAGGACGCAUCAAUUGGGCUAGACGAGUUGAACUGCUCGGCAUUCGCAUGAACCAAGACGACACCAACAUGCCAAUCAAGGUGGAAAACUACGUCAACAACUUCAUCGAAGUUGACAUCCAGAAUGAACCUCCCUCCUCACCGCCUCCGGACAUUCCUGCGGAGGAAUCCCCUAAAGAAGAAUCUCCCGAACCAACGACAUCUCCAGAGACCAAAGAGUCUACCCCACCGAAUUCGGAUACGAGAGAUUCACUGGAGAGUAAGAAGAGCCUGAGCUCAACUGACUCGCAGUCUCUCGGAAGACGACAUGGAACUCCGACGCGGAAGGUGAGUUUUCGAACGACCACUUCGCCGUACAAUCGCAAACUGCUCCAAGCCAAAGAGAACAAGGUGAUGGCCCUGACGAACAAAUUCAACAAGAUGUGCCAGCAAGAUGCUGGCAUAUUGGAGGAAGUUCGUAAACGAGGAGGAUUCGUGCACAAAUCCGGAAGCCACGUGUAUAAAGUGGUCGAUGGCGAAGGCAGUGUGCGGAAGAAGUUAAACGUCAGUAACGUCACUCGAACGGAUGAAAGCUCGGAUGAUGUCUCGGUGGGUAGUAAGGGUUCGUACAGGAAAGCCGGGGUGAAGAAGCGCCCGAGCCUUCGGAAGAACUUGUAUCGCAAACCAGAAUGGGAAGCAGUGAACAGGACAUCGCUUUGUGUCAAAGAAGCACUGGAGAUUUUCGAGCCGAAUGGUCAUCGCGCACUAGUUCGACCACAGAUGGAUAGGAAACCACCUGCAGGUCGCUCCAAACCUAAGGUUCCCGAUAAAAGCGAUCAAGUCAUCAGGAAGACUAGGGAGCUGAAAAACAAGCGAGCGAUUCAAAUCGAUUCCAACAGUUGUGAUAGUAGCGAAAUGAGGGAGGUAGCAAUAGACAAGGUGCCAAAUAGUAUUAGCCAAGAUAGUAUUAAUGAGGAGCGAAGUGAAGUGGAUAGCAAUACUCAAGUUGUAGAAGAAGUGGCAAAAGUAGAGGUGGUUAUAGAAGCGCCGCUAGAAGCAUGUGGACCUGAACGUGUGGUAGACGAAUACUCUGUGGUAAAAAAGAUGUCUGACAUUAAUCAGAAUGAUAACGCGAAGCUGAAGAAAGAUAAAAAAGAUGCAGAUCAGAAAACACUUCCAAAGCAGAAGAGUACCGUACAAAGGAUCUACGAGAAGUUUACAUUUCGAUCGGCGAAGAAGAUCCACCUGAGUAGCCCCGAGCGCACUUCCAGCGAAUCGCAACUCAACUCCAGUUUAGACAAUGAUGAUCGUCUACAUUUCGUCGUAGACAACAAGCUCACUCGAAAGAGUUUUGUGUCUUCCAUCGAGAUACCCACGAUUCACAUAGAGGAAUCGCAGGAAAGUAGCACUGAUCCAUCAGAUCGCAAGAUUGUUGAUGCCAUCAAGUCUCUCAACGUGAAAAUCGACAAUCUCUCUAGGAGUUUCAAUGAUCUAACUAUUAGCGAACCUGAACCGGAACCGACUGCAGAACCAGCCGUCCAACCGAAUACUUCAUUCCUUUUCCGAAGUAUGUCGAAAAUCGGUACUGGUACCGAAACAACAAUCAGUCAGCUAAACAUCGUUCAAGCAGUCAACACCGUCGUGAUAAACAAGUCCAUUUCUAUGGAUGACCAUCAUUUCCCCUGUCGAGCGAACCUCGAACGCCUAAGUCUGAAUGAAACUAUUCCCGUGGUUAUGGUAAGUAAGGCGAUCAGUGCCUCCGAAAACGACUACGAAUUGGUGUCCAGAGUUGAGUCCCCUCGAAGAUCAUCGGAAGGCUCGACCUGCUCCUUCCGUGGCAGUACCAUGAGCAUCGAUAUCAUGGGAUUAAACGCCAACAUCGACUCCUUCCUGUACAAGGCGAAGAACGUCGAGAGUGCAACUACAAGUGAUCUUCCAACCGUCCAAAGUCCGAUUCAACCUGACACCGCCAGCAUCAAUAGCUACGAAUCCUUCGAAAACUACGAAUCCAUCGAACGAACCAGCAGUCCGAAAGAGGAAGACACCUACGAAGUGUGCAAUCCACCGGAACCUCUGCCACCGAGAAACGAUACCAAAUCGCCGAACGAUCUGGCACUGCCACAACCAAAACGUAACCUCGCCGGAUCUCCAAAGUUCUUGCCAAAAAUGCAACCGACUUAUGAAUCGAAAUACGAGAAAGUCAAAUACGACCAAACGCCUCCACGACCUCCCAAACCCGAGGAAGUCCCGCUGCCACCUCGUAAUUCCGUGCCCAUGGAGCUUACCAGCAUCCAUCGGGAAGCCCCAACUUCGACUUCCCCAACUCCUUCCGAAGAACCGAUCUACGAGGAGAACAUCUACGACACGAUCAAGAGCUCCGAUGGGCUGGACUACGACGAACCGAACGGCAGUGCCGAAUCGGCGGUACUCAAACGGCCAAAGCACAACCUUCCGGCGGAUGCCGUGUCGCUGAUGUCCUCCAGCUGUUACGAAUCGAUCGGAUCGAAGCUUACGGGAAUCGACUUCCUGAGGCACGGAGCCAUUACGCUUCCCCGGAUGGGAUCGAUCUCGACGCUUGCGUCCGAUCAGAUCACCAACAGUUUGUACGGGUGCAAUACGAACGGAGGACCCAGUUUGACGCCUCCGAGUGAAAGGGGUAGCGAUACUAGUAAUAGCGCCGAAUGGACGGAUAUUUCCGACGAUGAGGAGGAAGAUGAAGUUGGCAAUGGGCGCAAGUAAUUUCAUUAUUGUACGAAAGAGGAAUAAGGCUCAUCAGACGCCGGUCUGGUCCAGGAAGGUUCGCAACAAA